AUGACCCUUCAUGGUGAAACAGAUCUCCUGAUGUGUAGAACCUUCCCAACGCUCUUGGGCGGGAGAGCGUUAACUUGGUAUACCACCUUACCAACAGGUAGUGUAGCAUCCUGGGACGAUCUGGCAAGAAAGUUCCAGACCCACUUUGCCAUCAGUCGCCCUGUACCAAAGUCUGUCCAUGCCUUGGAAAAAGUACGCCAGCAAUCCGGGGAAACUCUUAGGUCCUUCCUAGAUCGUUUUGACAAAGAGGCCCUGCAGGUACAAGGGCUAGACCCAAAGGUGCAGUUGCACAUACUUUUAUCUGGAUUGCGUGAAGGAGCAUUCGCCUACGAGCUUGCUCGUCACGAGAUUUUAGAUCUUGAAGAAGUCAAGCGUAAAGCUCAAGAGUUUAUGCGAAUCGAAGAAUACAAAGGAAGUCGAGCAGGCGACAGCCACUGCCAAGAAAACAGAGAGACUAAAAAUCGUGACCAUGCUGAGGAACGGAGAAAGAGUCACAAACCCCCCAAGUAUGUCAGUCGCCAACAAGGGAGAGACAUGGCUGGACGUCAUACACAUAGCGUCCUUCAGACCGAGUACAAGGAGGAACGCAAAGAUAGCCCAAGACGUCAGCAGCAAUCUCAGGGAAGUGUUGUAUACUGCAAAUUCCGCCGCAGUAACGGCCACAGUAUCGAGGAAUGCAGGCAUCUCAAGGACGAAAUCGACGAGAUCAUUAACAAUAGAGGUCAAAGAAACACGAGAAGCAAUGCCCGAAUCUCAGGAAACAACAGGCGAUAUCGAGAGCGUAGCUGGUCACCAGAUCGAAGAAGGAGCACCCAGCCCAGGUAUCAAACUCGUCGUGCGCGAGAUCGCAGGGAAAGGUCUCCCCUAAUCCGCGAGGCGCGUGAUAACCAGAUCAACAGAGAAAGGCGCGACGGAAGAGACGAAGAUUCAGCAGCCAUAAAACAUGGAGUGAUAAAUAUGAUCUCUGGAGGGAUGGGUGGCGGUGGAGUAACAGUUAAUGCCCGAAAGAGACACUUGAAGCAGUGCCUAGCAGUGGCAGGAAAAACCAUCAGCAAAACGAACAUAGAUGCACGUCAGGCCAAACCAAAAAUCAUCUGGGACUUCAACGAGUUGGGCGACAUCCUACCUGGCCAUGACGACCCCUUGGCCAUCCAAGCAAUCAUUGCCAACUGGAGCGUCAACCGCGUAUUUGUAGAUCAUGGCAGUUCUGCUGACAUUUUGUUUUUGCCUUGUCUUAAGGAUUUGGGUUUUACUGUUAAUGACUUAACACCAGUGGCAGGUGAACUUGCAGGGUUUAAUGGCACAACCACCAAACCUUUGGGAUUAAUAAACUUACAAUUAUCUCUGGGAACACCACCUACCUCAAAGUCAGCCGACAUUCAAUUCCUGGUGCUGGACACCCAGUCGGCUUACAACGUAAUCCUCGGCUUUUGUCUUUUUCAUCACAGAUUCUGUCUUUCCAUAACAGCAAAACUUAGAGACAAGCUACAAAUUCUUGGGUAG